UAAAGCCUUACUUAAGUGCCUGUCGGGGAGGUUCUGCAGCCGAGAGCUGAUUGGAAUCAUGGGGCCCUCAGGGGCCGGCAAGUCCACUCUGAUGAACAUCCUGGCUGGCUACAGGGAAACAGGCAUGAAAGGGAAGAUCUUGGUGAAUGGGAAACCCAGAGAUCUCCGCACGUUUCGUAAGAUGUCCUGUUAUAUCAUGCAGGAUGACAUGCUGCUGCUGCACCUCACUGUCCGGGAAGCCAUGAUGGUUUCGGCCAACUUGAAGCUCAGUGAAACUAUGGACGUGAAAAAAGAACUGGUGAAUGAGAUCCUGACUGCUCUAGGGCUCCAGGAGUGUGCUCACACUCGCACCAGCUCCCUAUCUGGGGGGCAGUGUAAACGGCUGGCAAUCGCCCUUGAGCUAGUCAACAAUCCCCCAGUCAUGUUCUUUGACGAGCCAACCAGUGGUCUGGACAGUGCCUCCUGUUACCAAGUGGUUUCUCUUAUGAAAUCUCUAGCCCUGGGGGGACGCACCAUCAUCUGCACCAUCCACCAGCCCAGCGCCAAACUCUUUGAGAUGUUUGAUAAGCUGUACAUCCUGAGUCAGGGCCAGUGCAUAUACAAAGGCACCGUCCCAUACCUCAUCCCCUAUCUGAAGAACCUGGGGCUCCACUGCCCCACCUAUCACAACCCGGCAGAUUUCAUCAUCGAAGUGGCAUCGGGGGAGUAUGGAGAUUGGAAUCCUGUUCUGUUUGAGGCGGCCCAGGGUGGAAUGUGUGCCAUAGAGGAGAAGAAGAACUCAUGUGACAAAAAAGACACAUCCGCUGUUUGUCCAACAAAGUGCCUCAAGGACUCAGGAGCCAUUGAGAGCCAUUCAUUUGCCACAAGCACUCUGACACAGUUUUGCAUUCUCUUCAAUAGAACGUUGAUAACAAUAUGUCGAGACCAGGUGUUGACACACCUAAGGCUGAUGUCCCACAUCUCUAUAGGAGUACUGAUCGGCUUGCUCUACUUGAACAUUGGCAACGACGCCAGCAAAGUCUUCAACAACACAGGCUUCCUCUUCUUCUCCAUGCUCUUCCUCAUGUUCGGAGCUCUGAUGCCCACCGUGCUCACAUUUCCUCUGGAGAUGUCCGUUUUUCUGAGGGAACAUCUAAACUACUGGUACAGCCUGAAGGCUUACUAUCUGGCUAAGACCAUGGCUGACAUUCCAUUCCAGGUCCUCUGCCCCGUCAUGUACUGCAGUAUAGUGUACUGGAUGACAGAUCAGCCUCCGGAGGCCACCCGCUUCCUGCUCUUCCUGGCCCUGUCCAUCUGCACGGCCCUAGUAGCCCAGUCACUAGGGCUCCUGGUUGGUGCUGCCUCCACCAACCUCCAGGUGGCCACUUUCGUCGGCCCCGUCACUGCCAUUCCUGUCCUUCUCUUCUCUGGCUUCUUUGUCAACUUUGACACCAUUCCCAAGUACCUGCAAUGGAGCUCCUAUGUGUCCUAUGUCAGGUACGGUUUUGAGGGGGUGAUCCUGUCCAUAUACGGGAUGAACCGUACCGAUCUGUAUUGUCCGGGGAAAGUGUGUAAGUUCCAGAAGCCUGAGGAGGUCCUCCAACUGUUGGACGUGGAGGACGCCAAGCUCUACAUGGACUUCAUCGUUCUGGGGAUCUUCUUCGUGAUUCUCCGAUUCGCCACCUACCUAGUGCUGCGCUACAAGGUCAAGUCGGAGCGAUAGGUCUCACCCGCAAGGACCCGCCCUGUUCUGUGCAAAGCUAUUGUACUGGACCACGUGGGUUCAACAUCCAGUUUAUCUAUCAAUACCAUAAAUCGCUGCUUGGAAAAACUGGAAUAUAUCACUUUUCUCUGUUGAAGUCAUGAUGGGACCAGAGAAGAGACAUCUAACAAACAUAAAUGUUUUACCUCAGCAAGUAGGACUCCAAGCAUCUCUAUGUACAGUAGGGUAGUACUGAUGAGGGCACACAGACUGUUCAAAGGACUGACCUGCAGGAACAACCAAAAACAGAGAAUGUUUACAUAUCGUUUAGGCUUGGCAUAGCCAGAGGACAUUCUACUGUUGCACUGGAGUGUGUCUGGUUUUAAAGACAGGAUUAAUCAGUAUUGUAAUCAUGUGUUGAUUAAAUUGCCUCAACUGAACUGAACUAUUCACUUUUCUUCCGACUAUCUUUCACUCACAUCUACGGUUUAGUUAUGGUUUUGAGAACUAGAAAAUAAAUGACUUAUUUUACCUGAUAACAAUGUAUGAAAAACAAACCUGUACAUUAUUAGGCUAUUAACUUGUUUUUAUACUGUCUGAAAAAUGUACCUUUCUCUAAAAUGGAUGAUUCUCCUAAUUAUAUAUUUUUUGGUUUCUCUAAUCAACUCUAAUCAAUUAACUGUU